AUGGGGCGAUGGAGAUUCAAUCAAAGAGACGCAUCCGUCGCCGCGGCUAUAAAUACCCUUUUCACACCUAUAAAAUACGACCCUUCCACCUCGCUCUCUCAACUCCUCUCUCAAGUCUCCUCCAAAUCAUCUGCCUACGAGAACGAUCACUUUCGAUCUUUUUUCAAAGAAAUCAAACACCGUCCUUCCAUACACCAUGGGUUAGUCGUUCCGAUCACGGUUGCAGCUGUGGCGCCUCCUGCCAGUGCCCCGCCGGCCAGUGCCAGUGCC